UCUUUUGAUCGGAGAAGUAUUUUUCAGUUUAGUAAGCAUGAUUUUGAUGUCUCUUGGGAUUCGUCACAAGAGAAGAAGCCGGUUCUUGAAACCCCUGUUUGGCUUGAAGCUAAGGAAGAAUCUCGCCAGGAAGUAAUAGAUUUGCUCGGAAAUAAAGGCGAGAUGAAAGAGACGAUUGAUGAUGAAGAUCGAUACUGCGAUCUUAAUCUUUUGAAAGAGAUGCUUUCGGCCAAAUCCGUUUUUGACGAACUUAGUGACCGAGCACUAGUGGAGGCCCGCUCACGUGCCAAUCCAUACGAAACUAUAAGAUGCGGUUUUUUUCAGAACAGAGCAGCUAUGAAAGCAGCAAAUAUGGAUGCAGUUUUUAAUUACUUAUUCACUGGCGAGGGGGAAAACCUGUUAAAGAAGAACCCGAUCGAUUUGAAUGAGGAUGGAACGAUGAAAAAGGGUGUCAAUACUGAUCGUAGUAAGCCUUUAUUCUACUUUGCCGAUGUAUGUGCAGGUCCUGGCGGCUUUAGCGAAUACGUUUUAUGGCGGAAAGGGUUUUAUAAUGCGAAAGGCUUUGGAUUUACCUUGAAAGGAAAAGACGAUUUUAAACUGGAACGGUUUACGGCUGCAUCUCCUAAUUAUUUCGAGCCUUUUUAUGGCGAACUUGGUACUGGUGACGUAACAAAACCGAAAAAUAUUGAGAGUUUUGAGAAGGUUGGUUUCGAGAAUUGCGGAGUCCAUUUAAUGAUGGCAGAUGGAGGGUUUUCAGUAGGAGGUGAAGAAAAUAUUCAGGAAAUACGUUCUAAACGCCUCUAUCUGUGCCAGUUCCUUGUUGCCCUGUCCAUUGUUCGUGAGGGUGGUGUUUUCUUCUGUAAACUGUUUGACGUAUUUACACCUUUCAGUAUCGGUUUGAUCUACCUCAUGUACAUAGCAUUUCAACGAAUUUCUUUGCAUAAACCUAAUACCAGCCGCCCUGCUAAUUCAGAGAGGUAUAUCAUAUGUGAAAAACUCAGGCUCACUGAAGCAGAGCUUGUUAAAAAGUAUUUUACUUGGAUUAAUAACAAACUUGAUAAGUUUAAUGAAGAGAAGAAGAAGAAUGAUGUUUACGAAAUUUUUCCUGCUGAGGUGAUUGACAUUGAAAAAAUGGAUGUUAUUUUCAGCUUUUUGAAAAACCAAAUAUUGUACCUAAACAAAUACAAAGUUUUUGCGAAAGAUCAGGGCAAAAUUGAUUUGGACCAAGGGAAAUUAAGGGACGAGUGUAUGGAGUACUGGAAUUUGCCAAAAGUAGAUCGGAGGGGUAAAAGCAGAAUUGAUCACAGGAGGAUUCCUAUGAUACCAUCACUUACGCGAUUCAUCAUCCCCCAAAAGAAGCCCGUAUUUCGUAUCCUCGAUGCUGCAGUAAUCGACGGUGAUUAUGUGGAUAGCCUGUCAUUUGAUGAAAGAAUGAAUGCAGCAAAAAAGAUGUGUUCUGCAGUCAUGGUACACGAGCAAACGAAAAAUCAAUGCCCAAUUUUUGCAGCUGAAGUAAGAAACUAUUACUAA